AUGGACACCUUGGGCAAAACAAUUACAUGCCGGGCAGCCAUUGCCUGGAAAACAAAUUCUCCUCUUGCAAUUGAGGAAGUUCAGGUGGAGCCUCCAAAGGCUGGGGAAGUUCGUAUUAAGCUCAAAUCUACAGGGAUCUGUGGUUCUGAUGAUCAUGUACUGAAAGGAUUGUUCCCCAUGCAUUUCCCUUUAAUCCCAGGCCAUGAAGGAGCUGGUAUUGUGGAGAGUAUUGGCACAGGAGUGAGCUCAGUGAAACCAGGAGAUAAAGUCCUCACACUCGUUAUUCCACAGUGUAGAGAAUGCAAUUCCUGCUUGCACCUGAAGGGAAACUUCUGUGAGAAACAAGAUGUUCUACCUGCUUCUGGAUUAAUGAUGGAUGGGACGAGCAGAUUUACUUGCAAAGGAAAAAAGAUUUAUCACUCUUUCCGCACAAGCACCUUCUCUGAAUACACUGUUGUGCCUGAGUUUUCAGUGGCAAAAAUUGAUGAUGCUGCUCCUAUGGAUAAAAUUUGUCUCAUAAGCUGUGAGGUACCUACAGGCUAUUGGGCUGCUGUUCACUCAGCCAAGGUCACCCCUGGUUCCAUCUGUGUGGUCUUUGGACUUGGAGGAAUAGGCUCAGCCAUUGUCAUGGGCUGCAAAGCCUCUGGUGCUUCUAGAAUCAUCGGAGUUGAUAUCAAUGAGGAAAAAUUUCCCCGGGCAAGAGCUUUAGGGGUCACUGAUUGUCUGAACCCUCGGAACCUCAAGAAGCCAGUCCAGCAAGUGGUCAAGGAAAUGACAGUCGUUGGUGUUGACUUUGCCUUUGAGGCCAUUGGUCUCGUUGAUACCAUGCUUGCUGCUUGGGUCUGCAACCUGAGCUACGGUGUCUGUCUGAUCGUUGGGUGGGCUCCACCAAAUACAAAGCUUUGCCUUGAAGCAGAAACGAUUAUCUCUGGACGGACAAUGAAGGGUGUAUGUUUAGGAGAUUAUAAAACCAGAGACUGUAUUCCCCAACUAGUGACUUGUUACCUGCAAAAUAAAAUUAAUAUAGAUCCAUUAGCAACCCAUCAGCUUCCUUUUGACCAAAUCCACAAAGCUUUCGAGUUGUACCAUGCUGGAAAAGUCAUCCGCUGUAUUCUGCUGUUCUAA